AUGGGUGGAGCCUCCACGUUCGCCAUUUUCAAAGACGCCAUAACCGUUUGGCGUGUAUCAUCAGAAAUUUCAUUGGCAAGUGUCCAACGUUUUGCGGGAACACGAACGAAAGAACGGCUGGCUGGCUGUUGUACAUUGGAGAUGAACGAAGAGGGAAAUGAAGAACUUCCAAGGAAGCAAAUGAAGUUGUCGCCAACGGCAGCUGAAGAGGAGGAUAAUGAUCUGGAGUGCAUCGGAGAGAUCAGUGGUUUGUUGCCAAUGUUCAGUCAAAGUGAUGAGCACCAGCUGACUCCACCGAAACGCGAAGCUCUCACCGAUUUUAUGGCUAUUACAAAUGCAGAAGAGUCCGCUGCGUUGUCAAUCCUAGAGAGUACCGCAUGGGAUGUCAAUAGAGCUUUGAAUUUCUUCUUUGGUAAUGACGAUGAAGAUGCUAAUGUGGAAGAGGCAAAAGAGAAUUUAGUCUCGAGAAAUUUGGGGAACUCCACUCCCAGUGGUCCAGUUGAUCUCACAGGGCUAGAAGUAUCUCUAGUGUCUUGGAAUAUCGAUGGCCUUGAUGGAAACAACCUAGCAACCCGUAUGAAGGCAGUAUAUAAGAUCGUUAGCAACCUAAACCCGGACUUUGUCUUCCUCCAGGAAGUUGUGGGAAGGGAGCUCCCAGCCAUCGAUCGACUAUCCAAGCUUUAUGACAUUUACUAUUCAAACAAGGAUUAUUUGUAUUUUACAGCAAUACUGGUCAGCAAAAGUUUUGAAGUUGAAAGUCAUUACGUUAUCUACUACCAGAAUUCCGGAAUGGGACGAACACUGCAGAUAGUUGAGGGCAAAAUCGGGGAACAGCAGGUGUUUCUACUCAAUACGCAUUUGGAAAGCAUGAAAGAGCACAGCAAAGCAAGGAAAGAACAAUUCCAGUUGUGUAUGACAAAGAUUCACGAAAUCAUUUCCACUAAUCCGAAUUGUUUGCUCUUUUUUGGAGGUGAUCUUAACAUAAGAGAUGAUGAGAUUUCAAACGUGCCGCGAGGUUUAGCCGAUGCAUGGUUGGCAGCGGGUGGCGACAAAGGAACACAAUUCACGUGGGACACUCGAAAAAAUGACAAUAAACAAGGUUUUGGCGCAAGGACCAGGUUUGAUCGAAUUUUUUGGUAUGGGCCGCUAUCUCGUGUAAAAUUUUCUCUUGCUGGUCAACAAAGAAUCAGAAGUUGUCUGUGUUUCCCAUCAGACCAUUGGGCAGUUCAUUGCGAGUUCUCGUAA